CCCGCUUUAUCACUUGCUAGAGUGCUUAACAGCACAAAGAUAGAACGGACCAUUGAUUGAACGUUUCCGAAGGAGAAACGGAAUAAUCCGGGCUGAAAUGGCCUCGCUAGGAGAACCUGUCCGGCUGGAAAGAGAUAUUAACCGAGCCAUUGAACUACUGGACAAGCUUCAGAGAACCGGAGAGGUUCCCCCGCAGAAACUCCAGGCACUCCAGAGGGUUCUACAGAGCGAGUUCUGCAAUGCCGUCCGUGAGGUGUAUGAGCAUGUGUAUGAGACAGUGGACAUCAACAGCAGCCCAGAGGUGCGAGCCAGCGCUACUGCCAAGGCGACGGUAGCGGCGUUUGCGGCCAGCGAGGGCCACUCUCACCCGCGCGUAGUGGAGCUGCCCAAGACUGAGGAAGGCCUGGGCUUCAACAUCAUGGGAGGCAAGGAGCAGAACUCCCCAAUCUACAUCUCCCGCAUCAUCCCCGGCGGCAUCGCCGACCGCCACGGCGGGCUCAAGAGAGGGGACCAGCUGCUCUCAGUCAACGGAGUGAGUGUGGAGGGUGAGCACCACGAGAAGGCGGUGGAGCUGCUGAAGGCAGCUCAGGGCACGGUGAAGCUGGUGGUCAGGUACACCCCCAAAGUCCUGGAGGAGAUGGAGUCACGCUUCGAGAAGAUGCGCUCCGCCAAGCGCCGCCAACAGAACAACUACCCCCAGUAGCAUGCCCUUACUCAGUGAAUCUCUCUUUCUCUCUCUCUCUCUCAAACUCUGUCCCUCUAGUUCCUGUCUUUUUCUCUAUCCCUCCUUCUGCCAUCUGUCCUGUUCUUUCCUGUCUUCCGCAGAGCUCACACUUUUUCUUUUUCUCUUUUUCUCUCUCUCUCUCUCUCUCCAGCCAGGGAUUGUAGCCGUGUGUAUGGCGCACCUCACAUCUUUCUUCCUUAAAUUUUGUAAAAAUCCACAACACCUGAAUUUUUAACUUUCACACACAUGUACACAUACAUAGUCGAUGUAGACCUGCAAUGUUUGCUCAUGUAAUCACACUCUCUUCAACACAGAAAAACACACACACGUACACAUGCAUCAAUUUGAAGAUUGUACUAUUUUUUACAAGAUGUAAUCUAAAAGAAAGUGGGGGGAAAUUUGUUAUUGAACUUGUAUUUGAGGGAUAAAAAAACAACAUAUAUCCGGGUCAGCCACAUAUUAUUAUCUGGCAACACACUUUAAAUCACUGGACAAUGCAGAUAUAUGACUAAACAGAUCGUCAUCCAGACACUAAUCCAAUCCUUUGCAAAGGAUUAUGUGUUCAAUUUUGCUGUUACUUUUCUAAACGUUUUCUGAAAAAAUCUUUAAUUUUGAAAGAAUUUAAUUUGGGGGGGGGGAGUAUUCUGCAAUAUUGGUUUUGGAUUUGUGGAUGUAUGCCGGCUGGCAAUGUGAUUGUGGUCCAAUACAACCCAAUACAGUUCAGGUUUCCAAUUCCUCUUUGCAAAAUUACCUUGGUCUCACUGUAAUCAAAUCCACCUGUCUGAAUUUUAAAUGUGAUUGUAAUACCAGAUAUGUCCAGAAGAGGGCACCAAAAUGACUUUUGCCUCAGGGCUCACUUUGCCAAUAUGUCAGUACACUAAGCCAGUUGCUGUAAUCUCCCACUUGUGCAAAUGUUGAAAAUUGGCCUUUGGAAGGAAAUAGAAUGAUUUAUUUUAUGAAUGUGCUAGAUUUGCUUCAUGUCUGUGUGUCAUCUUCCUAAUUGGUGCUGUUUAGGAAUGCUUAGGCAUUUCCCCCACGCAUUUAUUUUGGCGCAACCAAAAGAAUGAAAUUGAUUGUUUUGUUUUUAGUAUAGUUUUAGAUUACACUACAAAGCCUCUUAGCCACUAACUUUUUGAGCUUCUUGUAUACGUUUUAGGUUGUUACUGAAUAUACCUGUAAUAUGCAUCAAAUGCACCUAACAGGGCAUGUUCUGGGUACUGUUUUAGCACACUCUCUUCACUUCAUAAAUGCUGUUUUUUUUAUUUCUUCUUCUCCUCUUGGUGGAGCGCCAUACUUUUGAAGACUUAGCAGGCAACAGAGCAUGAUGAUGUGAUUGACAGAGUUGAGUUAUUGGUGACCACAGUGACCAGACAUGUUCUCAGGCAUCACUGCUCUUUCCCGUGGUCUGUUAGUGGUGGGGACGAAUUCUGUAAGCGUUCACAACCCUACCGUGGCUCCCAAAUCUUUAAUGGAGUCUCAUGAUUGGAAGAUGGGAGUUGCCAAGAAUUUUAAAUGAAAACUGUUUUUUCUUUUAUCUGUCUCUUUUCCUUCUCAAACGGAACCUAUAGUAAUGGUAGUCAAAGAUUAAGGUGUUGAUCCUCGCGGGCACUUUUUGACCAAUGUUGCUGGGCGGUGUUCUUUCAAACUGCAAUGGGCAACUUCACCAUCACAGUCACCCUAUCAGACCACUAGGAACCAGUCAUGUGACUGCUUUUCAACAUUGCUCAGGAAGAGCCGCAUGGUGUCAUCGCCUUGAGUGUGAAUCAUGAGUUUCUGCUGCAGUGAAGCAGAGGUUGUGAUGCAGACAGACACGCGAGUGUAGACGACGCCAGUCUGCUUCUUGUGGUCUGAAAGGACGCGUUGUGUCAUUCUAUUUAUGCCUACACUCAGUGUAUUUGUGUGUUUAUUUUUUUUUUUUGUUUGUUUCUGUUUGUUGUGUUCCGUUUUUGUAAUGUUUUUGCAAACGUUCACAGACGCAUUAAGCAGUGUACACAGUGUGGCGAGUACGCUGGUGUUUGAAACGGUGUUAUCGUUGCUGUUGUUUUUUUUUUUUUUAUUGGUGUUUGAUUUAGUUGUCAGUCUCAUGGGGCAUUGGAAGGAUCUUAACCAGCACAACUCUGCCUGAGUCUCCUGCUGAAGGUGACCCAGGCGAAGAGCAGGGUGAACCUGGCCUGCCCACAGGCUGGGGCCCUACACAAUGGACUUAAGCCACUGCCUUUUAUAGAGCUAUUUUUUUUUUCUUCAGACUAUUUAUAAAAGAACUAAGUAGAUGUUGUCAGUUCAACACUUAAGUGUCGUAGUUCAUGGCAGAGGAUCUGGAUGCAGGUACUGAAGGCAACAUUAGUUUUCUUCUGUAUGUAUGUGUGUGUGUGUUUGUUUUGAUUUUUGAUUGAUCCUGAUUGGUUAUUGGUACACGGCUUAUCCCCGUUGGACAGGGAAGGAGUAGGAGACACGGAACAGGCAGAUGUUAACCGGUUCUAGAGGUAGAACCACUAUUGGCCAGAUAUGGUGUGACGGGUGGAAGUCAGAACCUUUGUGGACCCUGGUUUAGGUCGGCCCGCGUUUAGGUGCUAACCCAUAGCUCCGAUGGUGCACCAACCUCAUGAUGCUUAGAGGCUAACAGAAACUUUAGAAGAGGACCACAAGUAGAAAUUAGGUGGCCACUAAUGGCAAUAGAUUAUGUGAAUGAUUAUGGAGAUCCACAUUUAUUAAGGGGGGAGGCAACUAAAGACAUGAACAUAGCACAGUAGUAGGAUCUGAAAUAAUGGGGAAAUAUACUGAAUGCAUUCCUGGAGCAGUGGAUGAAGCAUGUGUUUUAAUGGUGGCACGGUCUCGGUAACAUCUCUUUAACGUCUCGCUGACGUCUCCUGAGAACCUGUGCUUUUGCUCCUGUUGGAUACUCGAGGGGAAGUCACAUGACGCUCAGACCACCUAAUCAGUGCGUUGUUAGCUGUUGCCCAGGAGACAGAAUGUUCCUUGGCACAGCCAAAGGUGAUGGCAAGCACGUUGGUGAUGCAGAACUGGGCGUACACACUAUCAAGUUCACCAGCAGGGAAGAGAGAGAGAGAGAGGGAGCAGCUCCCUGAGCUAAAUGAGGACUUUUCUUUCCUGUGCGGUUUUGUAUUGAUCGUGUUCUGUGCAUGUUCACCUGAUUCUGUUUUUUUUUUUGUUUGUUUUUUGUCCUCAUGUUGU